UCUCCAGCCAUUCACACCACUCCUCUCCUGUCUCCAGCAAAUCCAGGCUCCCUCCAAAUCCGCGGACUGUUCCUGCAGUAGAGAUGGGUCGCAGCAGAUGGAAGCUGUGCAGUCAGACCAUGAGCCCCCGCCCCCUCUCCCAUGCCUUUCCCGUAGCCAUCUCCAUCUCCCUCUCUCUCCAAACACGCUCAAUAAGGCGCUCGCGAGUAAGGCUCCCCCACACACUAACCCGAGUGCACUACUCCAGCAAAGAAGAGCAUCCAUGAUUCCUGAUCCCUGAACUCAUCCUAGGUCUGCAAAGCCGGAUUAGAGGUGACCAGCAGGCAGCAUUAUCUUCUCUGCUUCCAACACAAAGGAAGAACUAUGUGCAAAAUCUUUUUCAUAUAGGAAAUACAAGAACUCUUGAAGCCAUCUCUGACAAUGUGCACUCUUUUCUGGUGUUCCAAAGCCCUGUUUCUUCUGAUAUUUUGCAGGUUAAUGAAAAUGUCCACAGCUGAAGGAAAAGGUGAAAUUCUUCCUCCAACUAUACAGAAAAUAAUGAAGGGAUACAACAAGUACCUACGUCCAUUUUUUGAUAAUGGUCCUGUCUCAAUAGGAAUGAGUAUGGAUAUAGCAAGCAUUGAUACAAUAUCAGAAAUAAACAUGGAUUACACAGCUACCAUAUUUCUUAGACAACGAUGGACUGAUGAACGACUUUGUUUUGAGGGUAAUAAGAGUUUAAGCUUAGAUGGUCGUCUUGUAGAAAUGCUUUGGGUACCAGACACCUUCAUAGUAGACUCAAAGAAAUCUUUUCUUCAUGAUAUCACUGUUGAAAAUCGUCUAAUAAGAAUAUAUCCCAAUGGAACAGUCCUUUAUGCCAUACGGAUAACUGCAACUGUUGCAUGUAGUAUGGAUUUGACCAAAUACCCUAUGGACAAGCAGACAUGUACCUUGCAACUGGAAAGCUGGGGCUAUAAUAUCAAUGAUGUCCAGUUUUACUGGACCAGAGGAAAUGAUUCAGUUCGAGGCUUGGAGACACUCCGGUUGGCACAAUAUACAGUAGAAGAUCAUUUUACUUCAGUAUCUGAAGCACUCUAUGAAACAGGACGCUAUCCAAAGUUAGUAUUCCAUUUUGAGCUCAAGAGGAACAUCUUGUAUUUCAUACUAGAGACAUACGUACCAUCCAUCUUGCUAGUUGUACUCUCCUGGGUAUCAUUCUGGAUAAGCCAAUCAUCAGUUCCAGCCAGAAUCUGUAUAGGUGUCACAACAGUGCUUACCAUGACCACUCUCAUGAUGGGAGCCAGGACUUCACUUCCUAAUGCUAAUUGCUUCAUAAAGGCAAUUGAUGUAUACCUUGGUAUUUGUUUUAGUUUCAUCUUUGGGGCUUUGCUGGAGUAUGCUGUGGCUCAUUUCUGCACUCUUCAUCGUUCCAAUUUGAGGGUACACACAAAGGAUGAGGAUGAAGAGGUUGAAGAAGAGAUUAAUGGAGUACUGGCAACAAUUGCAAACAGUUGUAAUGUCUCUGACAAGAUUAACAAGGUUGAUUCAAAGCAAAACAUCAAUACCAGCACUAACAGAAAAGAGGAGAAAAGUAAACACAGUGGGUGUAGUUCACCAAUGACAGUGAUGAAAAGACUCUUCUGUAUCUCUGACUGUUUCUAUGUUAAAAAUCCAUACCACAUAGACAACUAUGCCAGACUCUCUUUCCCAUUAUCAUUUAUCAUAAUAAAUGUAUUUUACUGGGUGUAUUAUUUGUAUUUCUAAGUAUUUUAAACUAUAAAACUGUCAUGUAAAUGAAGGUAAGACAUAAUGAGUACAGUUGGGAAAGUUGCAUUGGUUUUGUCAAAGUAACAUUUUUAUUUUACAAAGCAGUAUGGUUAGGGCCCUACCAAAUUCAUGGCCAUGAAAAAUGCAUCACAGACCAUGAAAUCUGAUCUCCUCCAUGAAAUCUGGCUAUUGUAGGAGAGGAGCAGAGCUGGAGGCACCCCAGCUUGGGGGCUCCUACCACGUGCCGGGCUCCAGCUGCUAGUCCUGGCCUAGGCUGGGGAGGGACUAGACUUCUUUUUUUCCCCUGCAGGGGCUGCUCCUGAAGGCAGGUCAGAUCCAUCUCUGGGAAUGUCCCCCAGUUGCAGGAAGCGCCACAGCUGCUGGCUGUGAGCCUAGCUCUGAAGGCAGUGUAGAAGAGAGAAUGGUUCUCAGCCCCCGACCCGGGCAGAGAGGCUGGGGUCCCAGCUAUCAGCCCCAAACCUGGGCAGAGAAGCUGCUAGGAAAACCCAGACGUAUAGUAACCCACCCUCCAUAUCCUGCAACCCUCACUUCUGCGCUGCUGUUGGCGGCCGCAUUGACUUUAGAGCUGGGCACCUGGCCAGCAGCUGCAGCUCUCUGGCUACCCAGCUCUGAUGGGUAAGCAGUAAGGGUGGCAAAAUCCCAUGACCACCCUACAAUAGCCUUGUGACACCCUCAUGACCGCCUCUUGGGUCAGGACCCCCAUGGUUGCAACACUGUGAAAUUUCAGAUGUAAACAUCUGAAACCCUGACAUUGACUAUUUUUAAAAUCCUAUGACUGUGAAAUUGACCAAAAUGGAUCAUGCAUUUGGUAGGGCCCUAUUUAUGGUAAAAGCUUGCCAUUUUAUCAAAUAGUACUUCUAUUGAGUUUCAGGUUAAAUUACUGUUUAUCUGUUAAAUUACUGUAGUAUAAGAUCUGUUACUGUAAGUUACUAUAGUCCAAAACUGACCUAAUUUUAGCAUGCCUAUUCCUCUGUGUACUAUUUAUCAAAAGCCAACAAGUUCUGUUUUUAAAUGUUAAAUUUUGUAAAAUGAGAGAGUUAUAUAACACUAAUUUCUGCACUGCCUCAAAUAUAUUUAAAAAUAA